CGGUCUGAAAUAAAUAAGCCCAAAAAUCGACCCUUCAAAGUCGUAGGCAGCCUUUCACACAAUGCUCCAUUGUGAAAAGCAGUAAAAGGCGAACAAAGAGAGAAAACUUCCAGCAACUUCACUGCCAUCCAGCCACAAAAACUGUGCCAAAUUGGAAUCAGUCGGUGUUUGUUGUGAUCGUCGAAAUAGAUUCGUACGUUUACUCAUCUCCACAAAUAGUAUUGCAUAAGUACAAAGUAAAUAUACAAAUGAUAAGUGAUAGGUUACCAAUUUAACGAUGGAAGUUCCUAUCACGACGAGCGACAAUCGUACCAGUUCAAACUUUAGUUUGGUACAAAGCCAUAAUAAUCAAAGUCUGCCAUCGUGUAGUUUAUCUUAUCGUAGUGUGGUAAGUUUGCUGUGAAUUUGGAUAAUUGAGUAGCCAGGAUUUGUUACAAUUAAGGUUUAGAGUAGCCUACGAUACCGUCGAUACCUUUGUCAACAGCGCCGAGCAGUGCAGUUUGUCCACCCCCAUCACCCCCGGCUACUUAUCAGUGUUCAAUUGUUGCACCGUCAAGCGAUAAUGCUGCUAACGGGUCAAUGAAACUACGAUUUUCUAAAUGUCCACAGCCACAACUUGCAGGAAAUAUAAGUCUUGGUACCCCAGAUAAUCAAGAAAAUUGCACAAUUACAAAGGUUUCGAAUCCAAUAGUGGGUACGACAGCAACUAGUACUUUCACCGCAACUACUACUAUGUCAAAUCCGCCUUAUCUCAGCGAUCCUUACGUCACAAGUGGCAAACAACCAACUCAAACUAAUUUUAAUUUCGGGUAUGGUUUAUAUGGUCCGCAAGGUUACAAUGCAAGUCCGCAAGGUCCACAAAGCAGUAAUUCAUCUGCUACCUUCACUAACUCUACAGCUACUCUUCCACCCACCCCCACGCCCACUAUACCAGCCUACAAUGGAUCAUGGUCAUCUUAUUCCCCGUAUUCGUCAGCAGGAUCAAACAUUCCAUACUAUUAUGACACGAAUCAAUAUAAUCCAACCCCACCCUCGACAACGUCAGCACCAUCACCUUCAUCAUCAUCAUCAUCGUCGUCAGGGUUUCAGAGUAUUCAGAGCGGCUUAAACUGGGUAACAGCAUCAACACCCUUAACCCCAGCACCUCCCCAAAUCCAAACACCACAACCACAAUUUCCACAACCGCCAUCGGUCGGAAAACGUAAAAGGAAUACUAAAACACCAACCGCAACGCAGUCACAGAAUUAUGCCUCAACAAUCGACAUGGUAGCAUCCAUGGCGUACCAAAUGCCGACAAGUGUGCCACAAACACCACAGAUGCAAGCACCACAACCGCAACCGCAACCACCACCAGCACCUAAGAAACCCCCAGGAAAACGUAAAACUAAAACCAUUAAAAAUCCGCCUAUACCCCCACCAUCAACAUUCCAACCAUAUUAUGCACCACCAGCAACAGCAUUUAACAGCAUAUCAUUCCAACCGUAUAAUUAUCUACCACCAAUUACUACUUCCGUAACGCCUAUGCCAUACACCACCCCGGCAACACUACUGCCAUACACCACUCCGGCAACACUACUGCCACCACCACCGCCACCGACCGCGCUGCCAUUCGUACCUCCAAACCAUCAGGAGUAUCUCGACGACACAAUCGCAGGUCUCGCUCCAUACAAAUUAUUUCCAGUCAGUGACACCACACCAGAGUACGCAACUCUUACGGAAUUAUUGAACCCCGUCAAAAUAACGACAGUACAACAAGUAGUGAAUCCCGACCUGUGGGCUAGAUUCGUCAACACCCGGAAGGAAAUGCUCCGUUCUAAAAGUGACGAUCUUGGUCUCCUAUCCAAUUUAGGGCUUGACGACAAGCAAGUCGUACGAAGUGCACAAAUGUCUUUUAAUUAUGAUAAGGAUGCCGCCGUCGAAGCUACCCCAUACACGGAUAACAUGGCGCUGCUCUUUCAUUGUACAAGAUCAGCGACGAGUAUCGAUCCAAUCUUGGCUCAAGGAUUAGACGAGCGCGUGGGAAAUGCUGGCGGAGGAUUACUUGGGAGGGGAAUUUAUUUUGCGGAUAAUCCACAAAAGUCGAUUAAUUAUGAUGGUGGAACCGGAAUUGUGCUCGUUUUUGGAGUUUUGCUCGGAGAUUGUUUGUCCGUGGAUCAUCUACCGAAUAAAAAUCAAUUAGUGAGAGAGCCGGAAAAGAGUAAAAACCAAAAGAGGAAUUAUAACGAUUCAUUUUUUGAUUCGAUUGUUGCACGACCGGCGUCGGAUAACGAGUAUGUAAUUUAUAACAGGUAUCAAUGCUGUCCUUUGUACAAAAUCAAUUACCAAUCUGCCACCCACAUGCCAUCGUCUUCUCGCAAUUCGCAAAAUAGCACUGCCUCCUUCCGCAGUAAAUUACCACCUCUCGCCUGGAAACCAUCAGCUCCGGGCUCGAUCCCGCUACCACCUGCUUCGUCCUCGUCCCAGCCAUGGCCAUUUUUUGCUGGAACUAUAUUCUCGCAGAUGGGCGUCGGACAACAGCAACCUCAACCCACAGUCCAAGAUGCAGUCGUGGAUGAAAGUGACGACUCUGUCGUUGAUAAAUUAGCAACGUUAGCAAAUCUUGGAUUUUACGAUCUUGACCUGAAUCGAGAACUACUAAAGAAAUUUAGAUACAAUAUUGAUCAAACGGUAAACUACCUGCUGGAUCAUGGAGAUCAACAAAGUGUUUCUCCAGUUCAACCAAUUGACAUUAUUGACCUUUCCGGCGACCCCGACCCCGCAACGCCCGGACCAAGCACGUAUUCUUCCUCCCUUCGAACCAGCAAAACGGCGGAAGAACCUGAGUUAAAGGAACUGACAGACCAAGAUAUUCUAGACUGGGCGACAGAUUUUGAUCAAGAUUAUUUAUCACCACCAAUUUCAAGUGACCUUUCAGCACCUGCAACAAGCACAGAAAUGGAGGACUGUCCAAUUUGUUGUAAUAGCUACGUCUCGAAUUCUCCCACCGACUGGAACGAGCUCGCCUGCACGCACAAAUUAUGCACGGCCUGCUACAAACAGAUUGAAAUUACUCGGAUGACAAUGUCCGGUGUAACACACAGGUCGAUUAGAUGUCCCUUCUGCCAAGCUAUCUGUGGAAUUGAAGUGGGAACGUGUCCUGUCGGAAUAAUGCGAGAAACUCAAAGUUCAAUACCCUGCACGGGCUACGAGAAGUGGGGGUCCAUCGCAAUAACGUACAAUGUUACCGGGACUCAUCCACUCAACAGGACGGCAUUUCUUCCAGAUAAUGACGAAGGGCAGAAAGUUCUUCAACUUUUGAGGACUGCUUGGGACCGGAGGUUGUGUUUCACUAUUGGAACCAGCGUGACGACAGGACAGCAAAACGUGCUGGUUUGGAACAUUCAUCACAAAACGUCACAGUCAGGCGGGGUCCAAUCAUACGGGUAUCCAGAUCCUAGUUACUUAGACAGGGUAAAAGCCGAGUUGAGGGCGUAUGGAAUUGAGUAAAAAGACUGACAUGCGAAACAGCAAUGGUAAUAAUUUGCAUGUAAACGAAUAUGUAAGUUUAUUACUCUGCAAGAAAUAAUUAUGUGUGAUGUAAGUUUACUUAUAUUUUUGGAUACAAUGUUGUCACACAAUUUGAUAAAAAUUAGAGUUCCUAGCGAAAAAAAGUAUCUUGUUCAUAUAAAAAUAGCAUUUAAAGAAAUUUGUACUUCGCAAGUAUUUUGUUUAAUUUUAACUAGUACUUCCUUACCCUAUUUUCUGUCAUCGUAGAUUUGAGGCAUGUACAUACACUAAUUAUAAUUGAGAGAUAACUUAUUUAUCUGUCCCUCAUAUGUAUGUAUCUAUGUCCGAUUUGUUUCCAUGCAAUCUACUUGAAGAAAACUUUACUGCGACAAUUUUACGCACUGACAGUUCGCCUUCGUCCUUCUCUGUCUUAUUGUUCUGUACUAAGUAUUUACAUACCUUAAUAUGUUUUGAUAUACGGAUAAUGAACGAUAUUUUAAAGAAAGAAGGGAAACUUGUUCCCUUUUUAGAUAAAGAUGAUCAAAUUUUAUAACUAUGUAUAUUUUUAUGUAAUACAAACGGGCAAAUGUAUUAUGUGCAAAUACAUAUCGUUGUUCAGUAAAUAAAAGACUUGAUCGAAAUUAGUAUAUAUUAA